GUGCUUCAGUGACAUGUGCUUGCUUUUGAGAAAACCAGUAGUCUUCAGAUUAGCACUAGGAAUAAUUACCGUGUUUAUUUUGUGUUUGCCUGAAUUUUUCAAAAUCCAUGAAGUUAACAGUGUAAUUAUGUUGUGCAUGGAUACCUGUUCGUCCAAUAACACCACAUUUCCACUUUGUACUUUUAACAAUUCUUACAAAAGAUCAGUGCAACAAAGAAGAGAAAACCAGACUAUUUUGCUGAAGGUCAUUGUAAAUAAUUCCAAUUUCCAAAAUAUUCCAUAUAUUUGUCAGUCAUCCUGGAGGGAACAACAGUCCCAUCCUAAACAGACAGAGUGUGAAUCCAAGAGGGAUGUGAACAUUGAUCAUCAAGGAUCAGGGUCAAUAGCUAAAAAAACAAAAGGCUCACUUGAAGUGAAAACAGAAGAUGUUACUUAUUUUUAUAAAUAUUUUAAUUUCACUACGGUUUCCAAGAAAGAAGUGGAGCAUAAUACUAACUACCUGAUGGAAAUCCACAUCAACAAUUCCAUAGUUGGAGGAGGAAAUUCAGCUGAAGAACAGCUAAAUCAUUCUUGUCUAGUGGCAAUGAUGGAAGACCAAAAUGACUGUAUGAAUAUUUCACUGCAACUGAAGUCUUAUAUGGAAUAUCCAAUGUGUACGACGAAGAUCAUUUGGCUCACUAUGAUUUCAGUAGUUUUUGUAUUUACUAUUUCAAUUGUCAUCUACAAAAUAGUUCAAGAAAGUAAACAAAACUCAGAUUAUAAACACAGAGUAGCAACAUCAGUUUCUACUAUCUUAAGAAUAAAGGGUUCCAGACAUGCAAGAAGAACUGUAUCUGCUACUAAAAUUCAUCAUUUUCCUGUAGUGAAAACCAGUAACCAACAGAUUCCACGUCCUGCACAGACCACAAAGAUACUGCCUGUAAUUCCUGAACAAGAGCACUGUCACGUGGAUCAGCUGUAGAAGGUAUCACCAUUUGAAAUACCAGCAUUACUGGAUGAAAGAAGACACAUCAUAUACCACAGAAGAAAGCAUCCCCAUCUCCAGCUUGGGGAGCCAUGUUAUCCAUCUUUUCAUGGGAAUGCCAAUUAUGCAUUUUAGUUGACAAGCUCCAUUUUGUCCAUCAUAUGAAUGAUAGACAAACACGUUUUGCUGUAGAAACAACUUCGAUAGGCGAGUACAGAUUUCACAUCUAUUUUCUGUUCAUUCAGGAUUCAUACAUGGUUGUGAGACAAUCCUUGUGAUAAUUACAUUUCUUUAUCAGGGCAGAAAUUUAUUUUAUAUAUUCCAUAGGAUAAGAAGUUUGUAUAAAGCCAGGAAUUAUCCUCUACUUUCAUGAAAUGAGCACAAUUUUCAACCUACUUAAUGCUCUAGAUGACUAAGAUACCUGAAAGAUACAGUUUCUGGCCGUUGAGAAGGGUAGCCAAAGUAUUACAGAAGGAAAGAAUUCUGCAGCAAGCAUGUUUGUUUCUGCAGUAAACCAGGAAGACCAUCAUAAUUUGGGCAAUAUCUUAGUGGAUAAAGAAAAAAAUGUGGAAAAAUACUAAUUUGGCUUCAAAUCGCAAAAUCAUUAUUAUGGUUUUUAAAAACUCAUUAAGACAUUAAAUGGGUUUGUACUUUUUGAGAAAUUGCAUUUCCAUCUUUUGUACUAGCUUGGGUCAUUAGCAUUCAGACUCAUUAUCUCUUGGAACUUUUCCUUACUUUCCAUUUACUACUGCUCCUCUGAGUGCAAUGGAGCUGUUUGGGCUGAGCAGGGUCCCAAACUCCUUCGGUGCUAACACAUGAUUUGUAGGUACAGCUCAGCCAUCAACUACUAGGCAGACACAGAAAUUGCCACGACUUCAGGCUCCCUUGUGCUAAAUCCAUCAGGAUGAACAGGUUGUAAACUGCCCAUUGCAAACAUG